CCUUAAGGGGCGUGUGCGCGCUCCCGAGACACCAGGAAAUAUGGCGGCGCUCAUGACGCUCAGUCAGCUAUCGGGUGGAAACCCAGCCUAUGACAACUAUUACAGACAGCUGGAUCCUGGGAACACAGGCAGGAUAUCAGCCGUAGACUCAGCUCAGUUCCUCAAGACGUCAGGGCUGUCCGGCAGUACAUUAGGGAAGAUUUGGGAUUUGGCCGAUUCAGAAAGAAAAGGAUAUCUGGAUAAGCGGGGUUUCUUCAUAGCUUUAAGACUGGUGGCCUCAGCACAGGGUGGAAAUGACAUCAGCCUUAACAACCUCAACCAAUUCUUAGCUGCUCCUAAAUUUAAAGACAGCAACAGCCCAUUAUUGAGUGCUCCAACGACAGCGCCUGACUCACAGUGGGCAAUAAGGCCUGAGGAAAAAGGGAAGUUUGAAGGCAUUUUUGAGAGUCUGUCUCCUGUGAAGGGUCUCCUCUCUGGGGAUAAAGUCAAGCCAGUUUUGAUAAACUCCAAGCUACCUCUGGAUGUGUUAGGAAAGAUUUGGGACCUAAGUGAUGUAGGUAAAGAUGGGCUUUUGGACAAAGAUGAGUUCACAGUGGCCAUGCAUCUGGUGUAUAGAGCCAUGGAGAAGGAGCCUGUCCCAGCAAGCCUACCCGCUUCCCUCAUCCCCCCUUCUAAAAGGAAGAAGUCUGCUGGUGCACUGCCCGGUGCUGUGGCUGUGCUGCCCAUUCUGUCUGGCCUUACAUCUGGCCCAGCUCCUCUCAAGGACACCUUGCGAAGUACUCCUCCUCUGAGCAGCUCUACUCCCCUCAGCAUCAGUGCUGUCAACCUCUCUCCAAAACACUCUUUCAAAUCCAGCACACAGCCAGCGGUGAACUGGGUGGUACCGGUGGCCGACAGGGAGAGAUAUAAAGACAUUUUCAAGCAAACAGACUCAGACGGUGACGGCCUGGUCACUGGCACUGAAGUGAUAGAGAUCUUUAUGCAGUCCAGUCUUUCCCAGACGAUGUUGGCGCAGAUUUGGGGAUUGGCCGACACUAAACAGACGGGAAAGCUGACCCAAGAGCAGUUCUCUCUGGCCAUGUAUCUGAUUCAGCAGAAGGUCACUAAAGGUGUAGACCCUCCCUCCAGUCUCACCCCGGACAUGAUUCCCCCCUCAGAAAGGACUGGAACAGCAGCAACGGGUUCUAGCUAUGGGGGGCUUUUGUCCUCUGUGAGACCUGAACCUGCUCCACUUGUCAAUAUGCGCAGAGACAGCACCAGCUCCACAGGGUCGGCCGAGCUGACAGGCAUCAAAGAGCUGGAUGACCUCAGUCAGGAAAUAGCUCAGCUGCAGAGAGAGAAAUUCAUCCUGGAGCAAGAGAUCAGGGAAAAGGAGGAUGCCAUCAAGCAGCAAAGCAGUGAAGUUCAGGAUAUGCAGAAUGACUUGGACAGGGAAGGCAGCAACCUGCAGGACCUGGAGUCCCAAAAGCAGGAUGCCCGGGAACGUCUGGAGGAGAUGGACCAGCAGCGCUCCAAGCUGGAAGGGAUGCUCAACGACAUCAAGAUUAAGUGCCAGGAUGAAUCUCAAAUGAUAUCAUCCCUGCAGAGCCAGAUCCGCUCUCAGGAGACCGACCUCCAGAGCCAGGAGGAUGAAAUGAGCCGCACCAAGGCAGACCUGAGCCGGCUGCAGGACGAGGAGGCCCAGCUGGAGCAGAGCUUGCUCUCUGGUCAGGUCCAGCUGGACAGCAUCGUUAAGUCGCUGAAAACCACCCAGGAAGAGAUCAAUCAGGCUCGCAGCAAGUUGUCACUGAUCCAGGAUAACCAAAAGGAGGUUACCAAGACCAUUGAGCAGUACAACGGCUCUUUGAGCGACAUCAAUGGAGGAAACUUCAGCAACCUGCCGGACUUGAGUGGAGGUUUUGCAGAGAAGGAGAACGGAGGUUUCAGGGGCACGGAUGAUUCUUUCAAGUCAAAGAUCGCCAUGUUCAACAACAGCAGUGCUAAGGAAGCCCCAGCCGACCCCUUCCAGACAGAAGACCCCUUUAAGUCUGACCCCUUCAAAGAUCCAUUUGGAGACCCUUUUAAAGAAAGUGAUCCCUUUAAAGGCACCUCAUCUGAAGAUUUCUUUAAGAGGACGGAUAAGUCGGACAUGUUCGGAUCCUCAGAACCCUUUGGAAGAAAACCCUCACUGCCAGCCAAGCCAAGUGCCUUCAGCGGCGGUGAUCGCUUCACAUCAAACAGCCCAAAGCCGAACGAUUCAGAUGUGUUUGGGAAAGUGGACCCCUUUCGAAGCCAGUCGUUUGCAGGCAAAGGAGGUGGUUUUGCUGACUUUAGUCACAUGUCAAAGAAAGCAGACAAUCCUGUGCUCCCAUCAAAGAAAAGUGUGCCUAACCGACCUGCGCCUCCCUAUGUGGGUGUGCUCAGUUCGGGUGCGUCGCAGCCGUCCCAGAGUGUGUGCUCCGCAGCAGACAGUAAAGACUCUAAUGUUACGGCAGACUCGAGUAAAACAUCCAAAGACUGUCCUGUGGCUUUUGCACAUUUUGACUCUGAUCUGAACAUGUCAAGUUUGGAAAUGAGAACCAGCAGCUGGAAUGGGCCAAGCGGGAGAGCGAGCGUGAGGAGCAGGACAGGCGGAGCAGGCUUCGGCUCCAGGAGCAGCAGGACCUGGAGCUCGCCAUCGCCCUCAGCAGGGCCGACAUGCCCAGCGCCUGACCAAGCACGCCCCACCGCAGCUCUUCAGUCCUCUUCCUUUUGCCUUAUAGUCCUCCGUCCUCUGGUGCAUGACAACAGCACCAACACUGGCCCGACAUGACUAGCAGCCCCUGUUAUCAAUUUGUGCAAGACACCAGUGUUUCCCCCACCGUCAAAUGACUCUGCAUUUAGCCACCGGUUAAGGUUCAUUGCUCCCAAACUACAUGGCAACUAUAAUCAGGGACAAUACGGAGCCACUUGAUUUAAGCCUGACUUCAUCCUGCAAGACCAUAGCGAUUUAACGAAACCCAAACCAGAAGGCUUCUCGACUACAACCUAAAUCUAGCUCCAUAUCUCGUCAUGGUUAAUCACCCUGCCUUAACCAAAAGCCUGUAUGUUGCAAAAAAAAAAAGAAAUCUAAAGACAAUUUUAACAUUUUAAUUGUGAACGAAAGCAAUGACUCUGUUGAGUAUGAAGUACUUGUAAAGUUCACUGUAUAAACUGUUUUAUAUAACCUUUAAUUACUCCGAAAAAGUCAUAUUGAAAGUCAAACCAUACAAGCCAAGAACUCUGAUGGCCUGAGUUUGUGCUAGA